AUGUUGGGUUGUCAGUUGGGUCGGGGAAGGUGUCCGGUUAGGGCGUGGGCGUUGUGUGCGGUGCAGAAGGUAUUGUGUCCGGCGGGGUGGGCGACGUGGUCGCCGGAGCGGGGUGUUCGGUUGGUGCGGUUGAGGGCGGUGCGGGCUGCGCGUGCGCGUGCGGAACAGUGGUAUGUGAAUACCGUGCAAAGUUCCGUAGGUGCGUUGCGCGUGGCUGGAGUACCGACUCAAGUCUCGCCGCUGGAAUUGCAUAAAGCCGUUGUCGGCUUUCGCGCGCCGCGCGCUGGACUCCCCAGUUCAAAUCCCGGCUAUGCCUCGUUGCUGUUCGAACAACUUGGCCGUAACGCCCACAAACGCUGCAUUUGGUACUCACGCCUCAACGCCGAGCUCUGGCGCCACGACGAGGUCCUCGAGGGCACAUUCACUCCUCACUUUGGCGCCAACGACUUACUCAUCGCGAUCGCGGCCGAAGAGCUCCCCGACGAUCCCCCCGAAAGUCUCACCGAGCUCGACCUUCACCUCGAACAUGGACGCCCGCAUUGGUGCGAUCGAGACGCCCUAUACAACGCACCCUGGAACGGAGUGACCGGCAACAGAGUGACCGGCAACGGAGUGACCGGCAACGGAGUGACCGGCAACGGAGUGACCGGCAACGGAGACCAACUACAGAACCCCUCACCAACCUUUCUGGACGUCAUCACUGACGACCGCUGGCAGCCAAUGCCAGUGUCCUGUGUCAGAUGGCUCACCCCACCGGACCCGCGAGCCUCUGCGAGCUAG